AUGUUGUCCACAAUCGUCACGAUUCUCGCUACUCUUGCCGCUGGGCAAAGCACACCCUGGCCCAAAUUUGGCAACUGGACCGAGGAAUUCAAUGGUCAUCCAUACAUCCUCUCAGGCCCAAUUACCCUAGGAAAGAAAAUCGACUUCGAACUCGAGCGAUGCCACUAUGUCCAAAGACUCCUCAACGAGCGCACACGCGUCCUCAACAGCCAGAUCCCACUCCCGACCCCAGCCUCCCUCUGCAUGGACAUCCUCGCCAAAAGAAAAGCUUCCAUCGGCGACCAAGGCUUCCUCGAGCUCUUCUCCAAGGACAUUGAAGAUGGGAAACAGUUCUGGUAUGAUGUCAACUCCAACUCCACGCUGCAUGACCCAACCACAUGGAAAGCAGUCGAGUGUCGUGCUCUCGUACCACUUCCCAACGUCAACGCGUGGGCUUUUUCGACCUGGUCUGCCUCACCUCUCGCAGACGCUGCUAAUAACCGCGGCAAUGCGGAGCACUACUUCAAAAAGUCGAGUUACGCUGGAGGAGGAGCGACUGGCACAUCGCGGAUCCUGGAGAGUUGGGGCGGGGUGAUGACCAAUUUUAGUAUUCCCAACUACAGCCCGCGAAAAUGUGCGCAGAGACCGAUGGUGCGAUCGCUGCCUGAGUUUCGACUCAAGGCUUGCGGUGACAAGAAUCUGGUAGACGAAAAGAAUACCAGGUUUGGGGUGUUGAAUAUUGCUGCGAGGGAUGUCAGUGUGGCUGGGACGAGGUAUCUUGAUAUUUAUGCCUCCGUGUGGUAUGGUAGCGGUAUCUCGGAGGAGCAUCUCGAGGCGGAGAGGCAGCAUAUUAUUAUUGAGAUUGUCAACUUAAGUUUGAAAGCUCAGGAAGAUGUGACGAGUGGGAGAUUUAGGGUUCCCGCACCUCCUGCGUCUUGA